GACGGUUGACUAUCAAUCAAAUUUAAAAUUGUUUCUCUUAAACAAACUCCUUGGUGGUUUUCGAACGCAGCAUCCAUCUAUCCAAAAUUAUAUUAUAAUUCCUUAAAAUAAACAAUAUCGGCGACAUUAGCAAAAUAUCCCACAAAUCCCGUGUGAAUGAAGCCAUUGUUAAAAUAGAAAUAAAUAUAUAUUGUCUCAAAAUAAACUUAAAAAUGACUUCAGCGGACUUACAUCAGUCGUGGUAUUUCAGAAUAUGUGAGGAAUUCGAUGCUUUCUGUGAUAAAGUCGAUGAGAAAAUAAACAAAGAGCAGCAACAGUUGAAAGCUUGUAAGAAGAGAACUGAACUGGAGAACAAACUUGCCGUGGAACUUAAGUUAAAAUCAGAUCUCACUCGUCAACUGGCGGAAUUGGAGCACAGAGGUGGUGAGCUCGACCGUGUGUGUGCUGCUUUUGAAUCCCGUUUGACGAUAGCCGACAGCGAUCAGCACCGAUUGGAGAAUGCAAAGGAGACCUACCAGCUGGCUAAGGAGUUGACUGGAAUCAGAUUGGAUUUCAGCGCUCCACCAAAUGUGGCCAAAGGAUAUAUAAAGAAUGAGUCUCAUCGAGCCCUGGUCCCGUUUGAUAUGCCCUUGGAUAGUGACGCUUUGUGGCGACUGGCCGCCAACACGCAUACACCCAACAACCAGAACAUACCUCCCAAUUGAUAUAUAUAUGAAGGGUACAGAAACAUAUGAUGUGACAGAGAAUAAACGGAGUUAUUGCUAAAUU